AUGGAUGAGCAGGUGUUCAAGGGGGACCCAGACACCCCUCACUCCAUCUCCUUCUCGGGCAGUGGCUUUCUGUCCUACUACCAGGCCGGGGCCGUGGAUGCCCUGCGAGACUUGGCUCCUCGGAUGUUAGACACGACCUACCGCUUCGCCGGAACGUCUGCGGGAGCCGUGAUCGCAGCGCUGGCCAUCUGCGGCAUCGAAAUGGACGAAUACCUCCGUGUCCUCAACGUGGGUCUGGCUGAGGUGAAGAAAUCCUUCCUGGGACCCUUCUCCCCGUCAUGCAAGAUGGUGCAGAUGAUGCGUCGGUUUCUGUACCAGGUGCUGCCCGAGGACUCCUACAAGUUCACCAGCGGGAAGCUGCACGUGAGCCUCACCCGCCUCACCGACGGCGAGAACGUGGUGGUCUCGGAGUUCACGUCCAAGGAGGAGCUCAUCGAGGCCCUGUACUGCAGCUGCUUUGUGCCCGUCUACUGUGGCCUCAUCCCUCCGAUGUACAGGGGAGAGAGGUACAUCGACGGAGGCUUCACCAGCAUGCAGCCCUGCCCUUACUGGACGGACUCCAUCACCAUCUCCACGUUCAGCGGCCAGCAGGACAUCUGUCCCCGAGACUGCCCUGCGAUCUUCCACGACUUCCGCUUGUUCAACUUCUCCUUCCAGUUCUCCCUGGAGAACAUCACCCGCAUGACGCACGCGCUCUUCCCCCCGGACCUGGUGGUCCUGCAGGAUUACUACUACCGCGGCUACGAUGACACCGUUUCCUACCUGAGGAGGCUCAAUGCAGCCUACCUCAGUUCUCCGUGCAAGAGAGUGAUUUUCCCCAGGGUAGAAGUGUACUGCCAGAUAGAGCUCGCCCUUGCCCACGACGGCCCUGAGCGCCGCCCUCAGCCCAGCCUCCAGGCACAGCAGGACAGUGGGGAAGGAUCCACAGCACCCGGCUUGCAGGGGCCUCACAAGGGGGAUGCCACCGGUGACCCUUCCCCCGUGUCCCCGCCCACGCAGACACCGGGAUCCAGGCCUGCAGAGUCACCUGCCACGUCACCACCGGCCCCAGCACAGCCACACUGUGCAAAUGACCAGCCAUCCGCUGCGCACUCACCGCCCUGCUCCGGGCCUGGCCCGUCACUGCCCACUGUGGCCCCAGAGUCCCCGCCUGGACCGCCAUCGACAUCCUCACCUUCCCAGGAGGCCACAGCGGCCAGGCCAUCCCGGGAACCUUCAGCCGAGGGCGCGCAUGGACAGUCACCCCCCUGUUCUCUCACGUCACCACUUUGCCUGGAGGGGCUGGGCGUGACGCAGCCCCCAGGCGGCGUCAGCGUCUUGUUAGAGGUGACAGGCAGUUCUCAGACCCUCUCACAAACUUUCCAAGACACAGGCUCAGCUGUCUACCCUGUCCCAGCCUGUCAGGAGAUACCCGUGCCAACUCACAUUGGGCCCGCUGACCCGCCGUCCCAGGAGAGUCCAGCUACAGAUCCAAACUGGUUGAACAAGGUGUUCAAGAAGAGCAAACAGAAGACAAGCACCCCCAGAAAGUGCUUUGGGAGACACCCUCGGUCCAAGAAGGCAGCCGGCAAAAUGCAGUCUGCUCCUUGCCCGCUCGACUUCCCUCUGCUCUCCGCUUCCGAGACAGUUUGGCUCACCUACAGGUCUCAUCCCUGCUGGAUCCACGACUACAGCUGCUCUGAGGAAGCUGCCCGGCCCCCUCCGCUGCCCCCCAGGCCUUCCUGCCCAAGGCCUGCCAGGACCUGGGUGACGUCUGCUGCCACCCUUCCACCCGUGCUGCAGAGGGCCCGUUUCCUCUAG